CUCCCAGUGGCCCCUCAGUCUGCGCGCGCGGCUCUUAGCUCCAACAUGGAGCCUCCGGACUUUGAAGCCAUGAACCUGACGCUGAAGCCGCCAGCCUUCCCUCUGUGUGAGGACUGGAAGGAGGACGCAGAGGGCUCUCUGUUCCACCUCGCUCACAUUCUGCUUUUCCUGGGCUUCAUGGGAGGCAGCGGCUCCUACGGACAGCUGUACCUGUUCACCUUCCUUUCUCUGGGCUUCUUCUGCAGCUCUCUGUGGGCAUGGUCGGAUCCAUGCACCACCGACACCUUUCUGUGGAGCUUCGCGCUGUUCGCGGCGUGUUUGGCUCAGGCUCUGUAUAUCACCUACAAGCUGAGGAGCCUUUCAUUCGACAAGGACUUUGAGGAUCUCUAUAACUGCAUGUUUAAAAGACUAGGAGUGUCCGUCGGUCAUUUUGGGAAGAUCGUUGCCUCCAGUGACGGAGCUGUUCACACCUUGGAGAAAGGCCAAUGCUUUGCUGUAGAAGGAAAAACAGCCAUAGAUAGGCUGUCAGUGCUUCUGUCUGGCAGGAUCAGCGUGACAGUUAAUGAAGAGUUCCUGCAUUACAUCUACCCUUUCCAGUUCCUGGAUUCUCCUGAAUGGGAUUCUCUCAGGCCCUCAGAGGAGGGAAUAUUCCAGGUGACUCUGCAGGCUGAUAAUCAGUGCCGAUACAUUGCUUGGAGAAGAAAGAAACUCUACCUGCUUUUUGCUAAGCACCGCUACAUAGCCAGGAUAUUUGCUCUGAUUGUGCGCAGCGACAUAGCUGAGAAGGUCUACUCGCUCAGUGACAAGGCUUUUGACAGGGCGGGACGCCGCUAUGAUCUCCGCUUACCAAGUUACUGCAACAUGCCAGGACCAGAAUUAGAACGACCACAUGACCUCCUGGAAGUUCCAAUGCCAAGGGAACAGACUGCCUGAACGCUGAUCCUGGACUUCCUGUCACAACAACCCAACUGGAUCCCACUAAACAGCCUUUAGUGGGAUCAAAACAGAACAUCAGCUGCAUACAAAUCCAAGGGUCCGUUUCAAUAAGCAGG